UACCAGAUAUAAUUUUUGCAUUAUUAGACCCUCGUCCUAACUCCAAAAGACAUCCUAAAAAAAAACCAGGGACAUGGGAAUGGUUUCUAACAUUAGGUUAUCGACUGUGGUGCCAGCCACCAUAAGUGAUGAGAACAAUGUUCAUGAGCUCACAAACAUGGACUUGGUCAUGAAGCUCCAUUACAUUCAUGGGGUUUAUUUCUUUACAAGUGAGGCAGUCCAAGGGCUCUCAAUACAGGACUUUAAGAAACCCAUGUUCCCAUGGCUUGACCUUUAUUUCACAGCAUCAGGGAGGGUUAGGAGAUCAGAAACAGGCAGGCCUUUCAUCAAGUGCAACGACAGUGGUGUGAGAAUUGUUGAGGCAAAGAGUGACAAAACCAUUGAUGAAGCUUUAGCCAUGGAGGAUCAUUCAUUUCAUCAUGGUCUUGCUUAUCAUCAAGCUCUUGGUCCUGAUCUUGGUUUCUCACCUCUCGUCUUUAUACAGUUCACUUGGUUCAAAUGUGGAGGAAUGUGUAUGGGACUCAGCUGGGCCCAUGUUCUUGGAGAUGCAUUCUCAGCCGCUAAUUUCAUCAAUGUGUUGGGCCAGUUCAUCUCUGGUAACGAGCCACCAAAAUGUCUCCACGUGGCAAAUCCAGGUAAGUCCGAACUCCCACCUUCAACUCGCAAGAAAGCAACUUCUAUCAGAAGUGUCGACCCACAAGGAGAUUUCUGGAAAACUACUACUAAUUGUAAAUUGGAAACAUACUAUUUCCAAGUCCAUGAAAAACAACUUCACCAUAUGGUAACAAAAAUUUGUGCAAGAGAGUACCAAGCAGCCAAAGUAUCACAUUUCGAUGUUAUCUCUGCUGUAAUAUGGAAAUAUUUAUGUGACAUUAGGGAAGAGACAGGUCCAAGUACUGUCACAAUUUGUUCAAACCAAAAACCCAAUUGGAAAAAUGAAUUUCCAAGUAAUGGCAUGGUUAUAAGCAUAGUUGAAGCAGAUUUAUCUGGGGUCAAAGAUGAUUUGUGGCAGGUGGUAAAGCUAAUAGCUGAGAAGAGAGUGGGUGAGAAUAGUUUGAUUGAAGAAAUGGUAGAGAAUGAAAAUGGAGAAAUUGAUUGCAUAGUAUAUGGUGCAAACUUGACACUGUUAAAUUUGGAAGAGGCUAAGCUUUAUGGCUUGGAAAUAAAUGGACAUAGACCCAUUUUUGCAAACUAUGUAAUAAAUGGGGUUGGUGAUGAAGGGGCAGUUUUGGUGCUUCCAGGGCCUAUAAAUUGCGAAGGGGAUGGUGAUUGUGGAAAUGGACUCGUGGUGACUGUGGUUCUGCCUGAAAAUCAAAUUUCUCUGCUCAAAUGUAAGCUUGAAAGGGAUUGGAAUAUCAUUUGAAAUAUAAACGCAAGAAAAUAAAGAUACACAUGGUUAGAAGUUUGAGAAACUGGAUUCUAUGGAUGACUGUAAGCAAAGAACCUAAUAGGUGUGCUGCAAUUUUUUAUUUAUUUAUUGUUAGAUAACGUGUUGUGCUUCUAUUUGAUUUUUGAAAUAACAACUAUAUUGUUCUUGA